AUGUACAGUAAUUGGCAGUUAUUAUCUGAGCUGACGCCAGACCCGCUGGGAUUGUCAGCAUCGUCUGCAAUGUCUUUAUAUGACUCACGCCAUCGACCGCAAAAUGUAGCCGUCUCUGUGAUUAAACAGGAUCUUAUUCUGACUCAUUCAUCACAGUGGAAUAAAAAUUUGAAAGACAAUCAACAGGCCAUUGCUUCAGUUGACACAAAGAAGGCAGAAGAAUCAAAACAACAAUGUUCAGACGCAACAUCGACCCCAAAAAAAGAGCUAGCUGGAGGUUUUGAAAGCAACGAAGAAUACACGUAUGUCCGUGGUCGCGGUAGAGGCCGAUAUGUAUGCUCGGAAUGUGGAAUCCGUUGCAAGAAGCCCUCAAUGUUGAAGAAACAUAUUCGUACACACACAGACGUCCGACCUUACACAUGUACUCAUUGCGCAUUUAGCUUUAAGACUAAAGGAAAUUUGACAAAACACAUGAAAAGCAAAGCGCAUUAUAAAAAGUGUUGUGAAUUGGGAAUAAACCCAAAUGAGGGUAACGAAGAAGGCCUCGAAAUGACGCAGUGCUCCGGAGAAACAGACGAUGAAACAGAGUCCGAUGGUGAUGAGGGAAAUGAAGGCGAAACUGAAUCAAGCGAUACGGAGAUAUAUAAAUCGCGACUGCCAGAACACGAAGCUGCCCAUUGCUUGUUGUCACUGGGAGGCUGUUGUCUCGCGACGUCGGCAACUCCAGGAUUAAUAACAAGUGCUAGACCCACCACUUAUCCAUACAGUCCUGUUGGAGUCGAUAGUAUUGCAGUAGAGUCGAACACUGAAAAAACUCAAUUGACUAGCAGUAACUCUGCAGAUUUGAAAAUAGAUAUUGAUAAUGAACCGAUAGAUUUGAGCCGAAAUGAGAUGAAAGCAGCGAAUAUUCCAGAAAUUCCGACGGCUAAAGAGUCCAGUGUUUUAGCUUCUUUAGCGUCUAACACCGCAAAACUUCCCCAACAUCAGAGUCAAUGGUCUAAUGGAGAACCAAUGUUGCACACGUAUUUAACAGAACGUGCACUUCUUGAUUCAAAGAUCAAACAGAGCCAGCUUUCAUCCAAUUUAAGCAAAAUCAUGAACCAGUGGCCCGAAAAGUGG